GGAUGAAUAAGUGAUGAAAUGAAAAGCCUUUAAAGGGAUUGAAAAAUCAUUGAUUGAAUAAAUUGAAGGACUUUUACAGCAAUUAUUAAUUAGCACUCAUUUAGUACUCAUUUUGACUGCAAAUCCGUCACAACUAUUGCUCGCAAACUAUCGUUACUUCCGUUCAUUAGGCGAUCAAAUGACACCAAUUUUGUCAUAAGAUCUGCCAUUAGGUCCCAAACCAUGUCUUUCUGCAGUUGGAAGAGCGAAGAGGUCUAUAGAGACUUCUACAGGACAGGUAUAUACGUGUGCUCUCUAUGCGAUCACCAGCUGUUCUCAUCGGUGACUAAGUUCUCACACCACAGCCCGUGGCCGGCAUUCACGGAGACUAUACUCGCCAAUAGUGUGACGCGAAGGCCAGAGAUGGGCGACGGAUAUGUGGGCCGAAGCGCUCUGAAGGUGGUUUGCGGUAAAUGUGGUAACGGUUUGGGACACGAGUUCCUGAAGGGCGGACCCGACGGCAAUUGGAAUAAAGAGGAAAUAUAUCGAGACUUUUGGAAAUGUGGGAUUUAUGUUUGUUCCAAAUGUGAUCACCGAUUGUUCUCGUCGGCGACCAAAUACAGACACCACAGCCCGUGGCCCGCAUUUUCAGACGUUUUGGCCAACGAUAGUAUCGGUCGGCGCCGCGAUUUAGGCGAAGGUUUUGUCAGUAGAUUAGCGUUUAAGUUAACAUGCGGUAAAUGUGGCGCUGGUUUGGGACACGAGUUGGUGAAUGAAGGACCAGAAGGAAAGUCACGCUUUUGAAUCUCAUCGGAAGCGCUCAAGUUUAUCGCUGAAGAAGGUAU